AUGCCCUGUGUUAGUCCUCGCCGCAUGAUGAAGAUGAAGGUGCCCAAAACAUGCAGCUCCAUAUUAAGGAGAAUCCUCAUGGUAGAUCAGGUCCUGUCAGAGUUCUGGCUGGAGACGGAGGAGCUGAAGGAGGUGAUGAGGAGGAUGCAGCUGGAGAUGGAUCGGGGGCUAGGGGUGGUGACGCACGACCAGGCCAGCGUUAAAAUGUUACCAACUUAUGUUUGCCUGACCACAGACGGUUCAGAUGUGGGGGAUUUCAUUGCUCUGGACCUGGGUGGCACAAAUUUCCGGGUGAUGCUGGUGAAGGUGGGGGAGGAUGAGAAGAGGGGCUGGAAGGUGGAGACCAGGCACCAGGUGUACUCCGUCCCAGAAAAGGCCAUGACUGGCACAGCACAAAUGCUCUUUGACUACAUUGCUGAGUGCAUCUCAGACUUCCUGUCAAAGCAUCACCUCAAGCACAAGAAGCUCCCCCUGGGGUUCACCUUCUCCUUCCCUGUCCGACACGAGGACAUAGACAAGGGGUUCCUCGUGAACUGGACCAAAGGAUUCAAGGCUUCAGGGGCUGAGGGCAACAAUGUAGUCAGCCUGCUGAGGGAUGCUAUCCAGAGGAGAGGGGAUUUUGAGAUGGACGUGGUUGCCAUGGUGAACGACACAGUGGCCACCAUGAUCUCCUGCUACUACGAUGACCGGAGCUGUGAGGUGGGCGUAAUCGUAGGUACAGGGUGUAACGCCUGCUAUAUGGAGGAGAUGCAGAGGGUGGAGCUGGUGGAGGGAGAGGAGGGCCGCAUGUGUGUGAACACAGAGUGGGGGGCCUUCGGGGCCAACGGCGAGCUGGAGGAGUUCCGUCUGGAGUACGACCGCAGGGUGGACAGAACAUCACUCAACCCCGGCCAGCAGCUCUAUGAGAAGCUGAUCAGUGGGAAGUACAUGGGGGAGCUGGUGCGUGUGGUGUUGCUGAAGCUGGUGAGCCUGGGCCUGCUGUUCCACGGCCGUGCCUCCAGGCAGCUGAAGACCCGGGGCAGCUUCCAAACCUGCUUCGUGUCUCAGAUAGAGAGUGACACGGGGGACAGGGAGCAGAUCUGCAGCACCCUGUCCAGGCUGGGGCUGUCGGCCUCGCAGCUGGACUGCGACAUCGUGCGGCUGGCCUGCGAGAGCGUGUCCACGCGCGCGGCGCGCCUGUGCGGGGCGGGCCUCGCCAGCAUCAUCAACCGCAUGAGAGAGCGCCGCCGUCAGGACGUGCUGAAGAUCACCGUGGGCGCGGACGGCUCCGUCUACAAACUGCACCCGUGUUUCCAAGAAAAAUUUCACAAAGCAGUCCGUGAGCUGGCACCAUGCUGUGACAUCACCUUUGUCCAAUCAGAGGAAGGUAGUGGACGGGGAGCAGCGCUGAUAUCCGCGGGGGUGUGCAAGACGGCAGCCUGCGUGCUCAACAAGUGA